CCUCUUGGUCCCCCCCAUUUAUUCUUCCAGCAACAACAAACAAACCUGCAAACCGCGAAAAUUUCCUACGCCUAGUCCUAGGUCCAAAAGCUUCACGCCUUUAUACCCGUUGUCUUUUCGCCGAUUCACUUUUGCCCAUCAUGGCCAACUCGCUCGAGCAACUCAAGGCUACCGGCACGGUCGUUGUUAGCGACUCCGGUGACUUUGCCUCCAUCGGCAAGUACAAGCCCCAGGAUGCCACCACCAACCCGUCCCUGAUCCUCGCCGCAACAAAGAAGCCCGAGUAUGCGGGGCUCUUGGACAUUGCUGUCGCCAAGGCCAAGGCCGAGGGCGGCUCGAUCGACCAGCAGGUUGACUCGGCCCUGGACCACCUGCUCGUCCAAUUCGGCAAGAAGAUCCUUGAGAUCAUCCCCGGCAAGGUCUCCACCGAGGUCGAUGCCGCUUUCUCCUUCAGCACAAAGGACUCGGUUGACAAGGCGCUUCACAUCAUCAAGCUCUACGAGAAGGAGGGUAUCAGCAAGGACCGUGUCUUGAUCAAGAUCGCCUCGACAUGGGAGGGUAUCAAGGCGGCCGAGAUCCUGCAGCGGGACCACGGCGUCAACUGCAACCUGACGCUCAUGUUCUCGAUCGUCCAGGCCAUCGCCGCCGCCGAGGCUGGUGCCUACCUCAUCUCCCCCUUCGUUGGCCGUAUCCUUGACUGGUUCAAGGCGGCCACCAAGAAGGACUACACCAAGGAGGAGGAUCCGGGUGUUGCCAGCGUCAAGAACAUCUUCAACUACUACAAGAAGUUCGGCUACAAGACCAUCGUCAUGGGUGCCUCCUUCCGCAACACCGGCGAGAUCACCGAGCUGGCCGGCUGCGACUACCUGACCAUCUCUCCCAGCCUUCUUGAGGAGCUCAUCAACUCGACCGAGCCCGUUCCCAAGAAGCUCGAUGCCGCCGCCGCCAGCGCGCUCGACAUCCAGAAGAGGACGUACAUCAACGAGGAGGCCAACUUCCGCUUCGACUUCAACGAGGACCAGAUGGCCGUCGAGAAGCUUCGGGAAGGCAUCAGCAAGUUUGCGGCCGACGCCGUCACCCUCAAGGGUCUCAUCAGGGCCAAGCUGGAGUAAAUGGUUUCGGUCCAGGAGACGGACAGAUUGUGGUAAUGGAUAUUUGAUGACUAGUCUAGAAUGGGCCGGACUGCUUGGGCAUGCGCUCGAAACAAAAAAAAUGGGUUAUCGUUAAAGCAAGAAUGCUCAGUCUUUUCGGUUUGGGUGAUGGGACACACGAGCAAGCCCGCCGAUAUAUACACACACACACACAGUCGGAAUAAACUCGGUAAAUCCAAUUUGUAAACAAACCUCAUUUUGAUUGUACAGUGCACCAGGAGUCCGAGAAGCACCUUCCUCCUCUCCUUCACCAAUCUAGUGAAGCAUUCAGGCACGUAUGCCAUGU